UAAACAGUUAGUCAGUUAGCAGAGACAGAAAUAGACACAGACUCAGAGCAGACAGAAACAGACAGAGGAGCAGCGAUAGUACCAGAACCUGAGUAGAGACAGAAAACACAGUAAGUUAUUGGAGAUGUCUGAGGCCAUCUAUGCUCUGCCAGAUAUGACCAAGAAGAUCAAGUUUGACAGAGGUCAGAUGGAGGAGAGGAUUGUGGAUAUCUACGUCAGUGCAGACACCCUGAGAGACAGUGAGACCAGCACCAAGAGAGAAGAGACAGCAGACACUACUUCUAAUUAUGGACCAGGAGACCAGCACUCAGUACAUUUUCAGUGGUGGAAGAGACCCUCUGGAGUUGCUGCAGUGUGUCUGGGGCUGCUGUGUGUUCUCCUACUGGCUGGGAUCAUAGGCCUGUCUGUCCAAUACAGCAACGUCUCAAAGAACUCAUCUGCAGAGAGAGACCAGCUACAGACCAGCUACAACAACCUGACUAAAGAGAGAGACCAGCUACAGACCAACUACAACAACCUGACUAAAGAGAGAGACCAGAUAAAGACCAGUUAUAACAACCUGACUAAAGAGAGAGAUCAGCUACAGACUGAGAGAGAUUUUCUUAGCGGGAGUCUUAACAAUUGCAAACAAACCUGUCCUGCUGGCUGGCAGAAGUUUGAAUCCAUGUGGUACUUCCUGUCUACUGAGACUAAAACCUGGAAGGAGAGCAGAAAGGACUGUCUGGAGAGAGGAGCAGACCUAGUCAUCAUAAACAGUGAUGCGGAACAGAAAUUUCUCUUCAACCUCAAGAAGAGAGUCUGGAUUGGUCUGACUGACUCUGUUAAUGAGGGGACCUGGAGAUGGGUGGACGACAAAACACUGACCAACCCAAGGUACUGGUAUUACCCACAGCCUGAUAAUGGUGGUGGCAAACCAGCAAAUGGUGAGGAGGACUGUGUUGAGAUACGCACAGAUCAGAGCCUUCCGAAUGCAUGGAAUGACUUGUCAUGUGCGGAGAAUCUUCACUGGAUUUGUGAGAAAGUGGUUUAACAUCACCAUGACAGCAUACUAUAACACAUACAGCAGCCUACAGUGCACAGAACUUCCUCCUUCAUUCACUCUCUCUCUGUCUCUGUCUCAAACCCACACACACGCACACGCAUGUUUUAUUUGUUUGUAUUAGCAUAUUAAUAAAAGUCAAACUUAUUUCCUGA